AUGCCCAUCAUCUCGUUUCGCUCAACAACGCUGUCAGGUGAUGUGCUGCGUCGUCCAUGGUGUGCGGUGGAAAUUGGAACUGCCUACUUGAAUAAGGUUCCACUGGGCGUGGUGCAGAUCAAUGCGGACAACGUGGACUUAUCCGAUGACUUUAUCACGGACGUGGUGGAGAACUUCACCGCCGCCGACAAAGGAAUCUUUGCCAAGGCAGGCAUCACGGUUCAGGACCUCCACAAAGCCUAUCAGUACUUGGCAACAAUGAGCAGGACCACCUUCUACUUGAACAUUCCUGAUGAAACCAUGCAGCUGGACUCGGUCAUGAAAGCGGCUGGGAAGGAGUUGCUGGGCUUCAUGAAGAAGCCCAAAGUGGUGCCGCUUGAUUCAGAGAAGGUGGUUUACAUCGUCUUCAACACCCGAGACGACUUUCAAUGCAGUGUUGCGUUCCAAUUGAGAUCUCGCAUCUACGACGGACCAGAGGAACUUCAAGGUAACUUCUCCGAAUUGCUUCCCAUCAAACAGAAGGCAGUGGCCGUGGCCGCUUGGCUCGCAAGCGUCGCGUGUCGCGUUGACAAAGCCAAGACCUGGUGCGACUACUACCAAGAUCUCCAAGAUGGAAAAAUCUUCUCGCCUGAGGAGCUCAACUUGAUCCAGGCCAUUGCACCAGGCGAGCACGACCACCAUCUUGACGAUACCGAAAACGAAACCAUCUCGUCCCCUGCAGAAGGCCCAAACGGUUUCCGCUCGAAAGCGGCCGCUUUUCACGGAAGCGGAAGCGGCGUCGCAACGUCGCAAGGAUGUCACACUGAAGAGCUUGCAAGCGCCUUGAGCCUUGGUGACAAGGGCCAUGUUCGACCUCGCGUGAACGCUCUGGGCGUUGUUGUCGCGGAUGUCGCGACAUCGGCGCUGACUGAACGGAGCUACUCCCUUUGCUAG